GGACCAAUCAUCGAACGCCAGCUACUUCUUCAAAUGUCAACGUGUGAGUUUUAAAUAAAAAGUAACUAUUAUUCGAAAAGAGUAGGCAAGAUUAUCAAAUGAAGUUUUUAUAUUAAAAUUAUUAAUAGCCGGUUUUUAUAAAGUAUUUAUAAGAAAAAAAAAAAUGGAAUUUCAUAAUAUUUUGUACGCAUUAUUAAUGACAAUAUUAUCAUUGUCGUCGUUAUCGCUAGCUUUAAGAGAGGGUGAAUGUGAAGUAUGUGUUAAAACAGUAGAUAAAUUUAGUGCAACUUUAACAGAUGACAUCAAAAAAGAUCCGAAGAAAAUAGAAACAGAGUUUAAAAAGUUUUGUAAGGCAACUAAAAGUAAAGAAAAUAGGUUUUGCUAUUAUUUAGGUGGUUUAGAAGAAUCGGCUACAGGUAUUUUAGGUGAAUUGUCUAAACCACUCUCAUGGAGUUUACCAUCGGAUAAAAUUUGUGAAAAAUUGAAGAAAAAAGAUGCUCAAAUAUGUGAUUUACGUUAUGAUAAGCAAAUUGAUUUGAAAACUGUAGAUUUGAAAAAAUUGAAAGUACGAGACUUAAAGAAGAUUCUCAACGAUUGGGAUGAAAGUUGUGAUGGAUGUAUUGAAAAGACCGAUUUCAUCAAACGAAUUGAAGAAUUAAAACCACAGCAUGUUGCGCAUAAUGAACUUUGAAGCGUAUACUAAAUAAUUAGUUCAAUUGAUUAAAAUCAGACUGAUUUAACUCCAAAAUGUAUAAUAAAAUAAUAAUCGUUUCUAAAUUAUAUUUUUCACAUCCAUCGAUAUUUUUAUUAAAUAGAAAAUUAUUGUUGGAAGUUUGAGUGCAAGAAAUUGUGGCAUCGUUUGAUUUUGAAAGACAAAAAAAUUAGUCAUACCCCCGCAUAAAUUAUUAAUUUAUUUAUGAUUA